CAAAACGAACACCACCACGUCGUUCGAAUUUGGGAACAAGAUCGGCCUCUUCUCAGCCCAGCAGCAGCAGAGGCCCACAAUGGGUAACAUCUUCCAUCUUCCGAUUGUUAUUCCGAUUGUUGGCACUUUAUUAGCACAGCUCCUUGGUCUUUGGCGUCGUUUCCUUCUCACCUUUGUCGACUGCGACUUCUCGAAGAUAGAGGUUUUAUCCGGCACAUUGACUCUUCAUAUUUUGCUUGUUAGACUAGCUAGGUCGAACACAGUACAAGCACAUCCCCACGGUAUCCUCUCUGUGAUCUUCUCAUCCUCUCCUUCCCACACAAACACGAGGCAGAGAGUACGACAUCACACAAAAGCUACACACAAAAGCUACCCUCAUUAUUUUACCCAAUCUUAUCCAUUCAGCAAUGAUCGCCGCCACUACCCCUUCGAAUAGCAAGCCCUUGGUGGUAACAUCCACCGCUGAUACCGAUACCGAUGAUUGGGCCGGUGUCAUUUCCAAGCUCGAAAUGUCGAGUAGUGACGAUGAAAGUGACUCCAGCGGGAUUGAUGUAGACGACUACAUCGCCGGCGGAGGCAAGUUUGCGUCGGUAGUGGACGUCGAUAAUCUAACGUGCCGGACGGAAACGACCGCCCCCGAGGACAGUGCUUCCGACAGUGUCACGAGCUUUGGAAGUCACAGUGAAGAACAAGACGACGGACUCGCACUGUUGUUGGAAGAGGAAGAGGAAGAACCAGUUAUCACUCCCACCAAGUUCCGCAAGAUGCGCUCCUCCAUCAAAUUGGCCAGUCUACAAGAAGUUAUCCCGGUCAAAGAGAAGCGAGGAUCCUGGAAGCAACUGCCGAAGCCCGACAUGGCCAAGCUCCAACGGGCGCAGACGUUGCCCACUUACCUAAGCAAUGAAGAUCAAGAGCAAGCUCCCAAGCGCGGCUCCGGUAGCAGUGUGAGCUUUCUCCACGUAUGCGUUCGAUCGUACGAUCAGACCAUUGGAGAUAACCCGUCCGUCAGUUACGGGCCACCCAUUUGUCUCGACUGGAAGUUUGAAGAGUUGUGUCCGGUCAGUGUCGACGACUACGAAGAAAACCGAGGGGAACGAAGACAGUUGAAGCAAAUGGGAUUGAGUUACUAUCAUCGCAUGGCAAUCCUACAGAAUGCCUUUGGACACUCCGAGGACGACCUGAAAAAGGCGCAAAAGAGAGCCAACAGCGACAAGAUGAAGCGAGAACUCACACGGUUCCUUCUGCCCAUGCAAGCACUGGAAGACGUGGCGCAGUCGGCGGGACGCAAGACCAAACGAUAUCUGCAACGGAGACGACAGUCGUCGACGGUGUGAGGAAGCGGCGCGGAGUACACUGUACUGUACCGUACCCUCGACUGUCUGCCUGCGUGCUCUAUCUACAACCUUUUUACUUGCAUAUAGCUAUCCUCUCUUUCAUACUCGUUUUUGAUACACAUAACCAUUUUUCUAUUAAUACUUUUUAAAGUCUUGAUUGCCAGCGAAG